GCCGGAAGCCGCGGUUCCCACCAACCCCUUGCGGUCCCCACCCGCGUCAGACCCCAGCACCUUUUCCUUCUCUGCAGAAGGUACGUGAGCGCUCUUGUCACUCGAACCCGCACUUGUGAGGCAGUUUCCAUGCCUCAUUUCUCACAGAAAGAGGGGGGUGUCCCUUCUAAUCCCUUCAGUGUGCCUGGAUGAAAGAAGAAUGUCCAGAACAAACCUUUUUUUUUUUUUUAAACACACAAUCUCCUCCCAGAAUAGAUGAAGGAAUUGUUUUUGACCUUAACUCUUUUUGGAUCUACCGUACAGAUCAUCACAGAAAUUUCCUACAGGCACCAAACCCUUAACCCCUAGUCGCCCCCCCCAAAAAAAAAAUAGGGAAAAAUAUGGUGAACAAGAGAAGAGAAUAGCCAACGGCUUGUGCUGAAAUUCAUAAGCAACUUAAAGGUGGUGCUGAAGAUCAAACCCAGUACCUCACAGCCUAAUGUAUCUGGAAUUUACAAGCACCCACCACUAUGCCCAGCUCCUGGCCUUGAAUUUGGCAAUCCUGCUGGCUUCACCUCCUGGGAUUACAGGUUUUGGGGAUCAUAUUCACUGGAGAACACUAGAAGAUGGGAAGAGAGAAGCAGCAGCCAGUGGAUUGCCUAUUAUGGUGAUUAUCCAUAAGUCUUGGUGUGGAGCUUGCAAAGCUUUAAAGCCCAAAUUUGCAGAAUCUACAGAAAUUUCUGAACUUUCCCAUAAUUUUAUUAUGGUAAAUCUUGAGGAUGAAGAAGAACCCAAGGAUGAAGAUUUCAGCCCUGAUGGGGGUUAUAUUCCACGAAUUCUUUUCUUGGAUCCUAGUGGCAAGGUGCAUCCUGAAAUCAUCAAUGAGAAUGGAAACCCCAGCUACAAGUAUUUCUACAUCAAUGCUGAGCAAGUUGUUCAGGGGAUGAAGGAAGCUCAGGAAAGACUGACAGGUGAUGCCUUCAGAGAAAAACAUCUUGAAGAUGAAUUGUAACACAGAUAUAUCCCUUCCUUCAUCAAAAAUAGUGUUCUGGAAGGAAAGCAGCAGAGGAGGGAAUAUUGAGGAAUUGCCCAGAACAAUUAAACUGACCAGGAAACCUUUUUUUCUUCCUACACUGGAAGGAGCUCUCUCACUGUGGAAGAGAUCUGUUAAAAGAAGCUGGUCUGAUUAUUUGUGGAUCCAGCAGUGUGGCAGACUUGCUUCUUUUGCUCCCUGUCACCUAAAUGUCCAUCUGUCUUUGAAUGUAAAGAAUGAAACCUGACACAGAACUUGAGCCACUUGGAGGUUCAUACCUCACUUACACUUCAGUAUUUGAGUCUUUUCCCAUUUCCUCCUGCUUUACUCACCUUAGUGGUGAAAGAGACUAGUAGCAUCUUUUCUACAGUGUUCAAAUGGCCGGAAUAGCAAUUUUUAAGAAAACAGUAAAUCCUAAAUGUAAAUCAGUAAUUCUAUCCCCUGUCAAGGAGACCAGCCUGGUUUUUUUUUUUUUUGUUUGUUUUUUUUUGUCUUUUUCUCCUGGGAAUAAUCUUGGGCUUCUUCCUGAAUCCCUGCAUCCUCCUUCCUCUUUUCCUGCUCAGGCUGUUAGUGUGCAUGCGUGUGCAGGAAUGACUAUGUGCUUGGACCAAGCCCCAGCUGGAAGCAUGCUUUCCCUUGUUACUGUUGGAGAAACUCAAACCUUCAAGCCCUAGGUGGAGCCAUUUUUGUCAAAUCAUCAAUGAUAUUUUUGUACUGGGGUUAAUCCCCCCCAAAAGAUAAAAUAUUAAUUGUUCAUUAAACUUUAAUAAAACUUUAAAAGGAAA